AUGGCCUUUGCAGCUUCCCUGGCCAAGCUCCAAGCAGAGGCCAGCUGUCCCAUCUGCCUGGAUUACCUGAGAGACCCAGUGACCACUGAGUGUGGGCACAACUUCUGUUCCUCCUGCAUCCACCAGCGCUGGGAAGGUCUACAGGACACCUUUCCCUGCCCUGUCUGCCUCCACCACUGCCGUGACAGGAGCUUGAUGAAGAAUAUCCAACUAUAUCACAUGACUGAGACUGUUAAGCAGAUUCCCAGCAUGAGGGGAAAGAGGAAAAGGCAAGAGGAACCCCUGUGUAAGAAGCACCGUGAGGUUCUGACCCUGUUUUGUGAAAAGGACCUGGAGCUGCUGUGUGCCCAGUGCAGGGUGUCAUCCGACCACCAGGAUCAGCCCCUGAUCCCCAUUGAGGAAGCAGCAGCUAGUCACAGGGGCAUGCUCAAAAGGAACAUUGAGGCCAAGGCUAGUCAUCUUGAAAAUGUAGAAAUGUUAUAUAAAAACGAAGUUGAAAAUACUUGGGAAGUGAAGAGAAAGAUAGAAAAAUGGAGGGAGGAGUUGGACAAUGAAUGUAAAGAAAUUAAGUGUUUCUUAGCAAUCCAGCAAAAUGAAAUUGAUAACAAUCUACUUAUAGAAGAGAAGGAUGUUGAAGAAAAACUAAUUGAAAACGGAAGGCAAAUUUCAUACCAUAGGUUCAGGUUAAGCAGUCUGUUAAGUAAAAUAGAAGAGAAGUGUUUGCAGACAGAUGAGGGUUUACUCACAGGUAUUGAAAGCAUUCACAACGGGUAUGGAAACCAAGAGACCCCAGCAGUGCUUUCAUGUGAUUUAAGGACGGAGACUUACAAUCUCCCCCCACAUUACUUGGGCCUGCAUAAAAUGUUCCGAAUGUUUCAGGCAUGUUUGACACUGGAUCCUGAAACUGCCCAUCCAAACUUCAUUAUGUCAAGAGAUAAAAGAAGUGUGACAUACAGGACACCAAAUGGUUUUCCUAAUCCCCAGGAUCUUACUUCUUACCCAGCUGUCCUGAGUUCUGAGGGAUUUGAUGCUGGCAGGCAUUUUUGGGCGGUAGAAGUAACAGGCACAGAACAACCGAAGAUUGGCAUUUUCCUGGACUAUGAGUUGGGAGAGGUUUCAUUUUAUAAUUUGAAUAACAGGUCAUACUUGCAUGGAAUCACUGAUACAUUUACAGAAAAACUUAUGCCUUAUUUUUCCAUUGCAUCUUCUUCAGCAUCCCUUAUAAUCUAUAUCGUCUGA